AUGGCAGAAGCAACUCAAACAUUAAAAAAAGGUGAUGAGUUCUGUAGUUUGGUUAGGUUAGAGGAGGCCAUUAAAAGAUUUGAAGACAGUGAAAACUGCAAUCUAUCAAAAUUUAACACAAGGACAAUCGAAGGUGGCAAACGUAAAGGAUUAAAGAGGCAUUUAAAUCCAGAAUUGGAAUAUGCUUGCUUAAAUUAUAUGUGUGUUCAGGGAGGUGAAUAUACAAGUAGAUCUAAUGGGAUAGGUCCAAACUGGACCAAUAUUAAAUGCAUUAUGGCCGACAAAGACUUCACAGAGAGAAAUGUUUUUAGGGAACAGUUUCCCCAAUCUAAAAUAUUAAUUUGUAUAUUCCAUUGUAUGAGAACAUUUUCACGGGAAAUAACUACAGACAAAAUGAAUAUAACUGCAGGACAAAGAAACCUUUGCCUACAAUUGGCACAAGAAAUGGUAUAUGCCAAAAAUGAAGACGAUUACAGUAGAAUUCAUGGUCAAUUAAAAGACACAAAAAUUACAAGCGUGGUAAAGUAUUUCGAAAAAAAUUGGCAUACAAUUAAAAAAGAAUGGGUUGUAUAUUUUCAGUCAAAAUAUAUGACAUUAGGAAACAGAACUAAUAAUCGUUUAGAGAGUACAAUCCAAAAAAUUACCCAAGUUGUAACAAAAUUGUGUAGACUUGAUCAAUUAUUUGAAGGGUUGGAAAUGUUAAUGGUCACUUUGAGGACAGAGAGAGAUCAUGCUGCUACAGAAUGUUUUUGUAAGACACCGAGUUUUGUUUCAAAGUUGACCUACGAACAGCAACAAAUGUUUUGGCAUUUGACUCCAUUUGCUUUUGACCUAAUAUUGCCAAAAUUUGAUUUAAUGAACCACGUACAAAUAGUGUCUGUCGAUAAUCUAAACCAAACGGUCAAAAUUAAAUCGAGAGAAGGGAUGUUGAAAGAUCCGGUAAAUGUUACAACCGUACAACCUAUGAAACCAAAGCGCAUUUUAAACCAACAUGAAAAGUAUAAGAGAGCACAUGUUGAGGCUAAGAGGCUUGCUUCUCUAACGUCAGAAGCAACAGGAAAAGAAUACCUGCACAGAUUAAACAUUCUAAAAUAUAUAGCAGAAAAGUGGGAGAAUGAAAAUACCAUUAAACUUGAGGACAUAGAUAACUUACUGAAACAAACAGAAGAAAAUUAUGAAUUUGCCAAUGACGAUAUAAUACAGAUGGAUGACAAUUGA